CCUUCUCCGGCGCAGUUUAAAGGCGUCCAACAGCGCAUGAGGGUCUCCUCCUCAGGCAGUUUACCGCUCAGCACUCAGCUAACAGAGAAGAAACCAUGAGCGCUGUGGUCGUGGAGAACAUGUCCUUUAAGGUGGGGCAGACCCUGACCAUCACUGGGGUCCCCACCGCCGAUUCCACCAAUUUUGCUAUCAACAUUGGGAGCGGCGCGGAGGAACUGGCCCUGCACAUGAACCCUCGCUUUGAUGCCCACGGUGACCAGCGCGCGGUGGUCUGUAACUCCUACCAGGGGGGCAGCUGGUGUCAGGAGCUCAGAGAGGGGGGCUUUCCCUUUAAUCAGGGCGAGGAGUUUCAGGUAAAGGUCACAUUCACCAAUGAGGAAUUCACCAUCCAUCUGCCGGAUGGGUCCGAGAUCCAUUUCCCCAACCGCCCGGGCGCUGAGAAGUACAGAUACUUGAAGUUUGAGGGCGAAGUCAGAAUCCGAGGCAUCGAGAUCAAGUAGACCCGUCAUAGAUGUUCCUGCAAUGUUCCGUAUUCCCAUCAGUGCAUCUGCUGCCUUAGCUGUGUUCUUAUCCUAAACCACUAGAGGGAACAUGACUGCAGUAAAACGACUAGCGUUUCUCCAGAGAUGCUGGUGAAAGAAUGAAAAAGGCGUCUUUCAUUUCCAGAGCUUUUCCUCACAGCCUUUAACAUCAUGUGCUAAAGCCAUUUCAGAUACAAAGCAAUGUCAUUCGAAAAGUUUUGUAACUGCAGCUGAAUUAAAAGAUCUGUGGCAAACGA